CGGGUAAAAAAUCUGCCAUUUUCGCCCAAACUCUCAACAGGCGAAGCAAAAGAGCGACUCUGAGCAGCCUUUGCUACUGAUUCUCUCUGUCUUUUACCUUUGCAAUGGACCCGUUUUCGUCGGCAGCGAUUGCUCGGCAGACGUGGGAACUGGAGAACAACAUCGUCUCGGCCGGCGACGCCUCGGACUCAUCCGCCGCGGCGUCGGACGCCAUCUUCUACUACGACGAGGCAGCGCAGGCCAAGUUCCAGCAGGAGAAGCCGUGGGCGAAUGAUCCUCACUACUUCAAGCGCGUGAAAAUCUCCGCGCUCGCGCUACUCAAGAUGGUCGUCCACGCGCGCUCCGGCGGCACGAUUGAGGUCAUGGGACUCAUGCAGGGAAAGACUGAUGGGGAUGCGAUUAUUGUAAUGGACGCUUUUGCCCUCCCCGUCGAGGGUACUGAAACUAGGGUUAAUGCGCAGGCGGAUGCGUAUGAGUAUAUGGUUGAUUAUUCGCAGACUAAUAAACAGGCGGGUCGCCUGGAGAAUGUAGUAGGGUGGUAUCAUUCUCAUCCUGGCUAUGGAUGUUGGCUAUCUGGUAUAGAUGUUUCCACACAAAUGCUUAACCAGCAAUACCAGGAGCCCUUUCUGGCAGUUGUUAUCGAUCCAACAAGGACUGUUUCUGCUGGAAAAGUUGAUAUCGGUGCUUUCAGGACAUACCCAGAUGGAUACAAGCCUCCAGAUGAGCCUGUCUCCGAGUAUCAGACAAUCCCCUUGAACAAAAUUGAAGACUUUGGCGUGCACUGUAAACAGUAUUAUGCAUUGGAUAUCACAUAUUUCAAGUCAUCUCUUGACUGUCAUCUCUUAGAUCUGCUAUGGAAUAAGUAUUGGGUGAACACCCUUUCUUCAUCUCCUUUGCUGGGGAACGGAGAUUAUUUUGCUGGUCAAAUCUCAGAUUUAGCUGAGAAAAUAGAGCAAGCUGAAAAUCAGUUGUCCCAUUCACGCUUUGGGUCCUUGCUAGCAGCUCCGCAGAGGAAGAAAGAGGAAGAAUCUCAACUUACCAAAAUCACUCGUGAUAGUGCAAAGAUAACUGUGGAGCAGGUUCAUGGUUUGAUGUCACAGGUAAUCAAGGAUAUUCUUUUCAACUCUGUCCGGCAGUCCAACAAAUCUCAAGCCGAGUCAUCUGGUCCUGAGCCAAUGGUUGAAACCUGAACAACCGACUUAAACAUGUGUCAUUUUUCUGGCGGUGUAGUUUUUUCAAUUGUCCUGUCCAGAAGAAGUUGGAAUGCCAUGGGUUUCCAAUAUUGGCACUUCAUAGGAUGACAACAACUAGACUUGUCAAAAGAUGUCUCGAGGAAGUAUUUAGGAGUUGGUGGGAAAGGAUGUUUUCCAUUACUACACCUAUGGAAUCUGUGAUAUAUUUGUUCAUUCUCUUCUACGUUGCCUCUCUCUCCAGACUCUGUUUUGCCACACAUGGAGUGGAGGGUGAAGAGGGCAAUCAUUAGAUGAUAUCUAGCAAAGAAUCUCCUACCACUCCGCUUAGGCUUCACUUUUGUGCUCUUAGUCACAAAUUAGUGUUGUAGAGAAGGCAUUUCAUGACGUCAUUUUUGUUAGAAAAGCUUCAUACUUUGGUUUGAA